AUGAAAGUGAAAAUUGCAGAGUUGGAAGAUGAAAAAGCACGCAGAGAUGAGCAGAACAAAUAUUUCAAGUUAAAGAACAAAGAGCUAGAGUCAGCCAAUGCAAAGAAAGAUCAUGAGAUGUUUAUGAUAAACAAAGUGUUAGAAAAUUUGAUCGGAACGUCUAUUGAACAAAAAUUUGAAGAAAUUCAAGUUGAAGAAGUUAGAGCUAGACGUCAAGCAGCUAUUGAUGCUGAAAUGAAGAAUAAAGGAAAGGGUGUUGAAGGUGUUUCUGAUGUUUCUGAGAGGGCAAUUGUUCCAUCUGGUGUUUCUGAGUCACAUAUUCAAAAUCCUCGUCCGAUAUCUGCAGUGUCUGAUGAUGUAUUCUCUACUAGUAGUCAUAGUGAUGAUGAUGAUGAUGACAACAGUCAAGGUGGUAAAGGUGUUAAAGUUACUGAAGCAUCUAAUGAUGAGAAUGUCGAUGAUUAUCUUCAUGACGAUGUAAAUGAAGAGCCUGAGGAUGCUACAGGUGAGGGGGAGAACGUUGAUGAUCAGAACGUUGAUAAAAGUGAAAGAUUGAUUUUGCGUCUAGAGCCUGAUGUAGAGGAAGAAAAAUCAGGCAUACUUAUAUGA